AUGCCUCAACGAGAAUUUGUCCCCAAGAAAUACAAAUUGCGUGAACAAGAUGGCACCAAUUCCACGCUCGCUCUCCGCUCAGUCGGCGGAAAACAAAGCUUCGAUUUCACCUUUGAAGCUAUACGCCCAAACCUGUUUCGAGUGAGAUUCACCUCCGAAGCUCAUCCAUUACCACCAUACCCCAGUAUCCCUGAGCCUACAAGGGAUCAUCCAUUGCCAUCCUCGUUUACCAGCACUAAUUCUUCCUCGGCGACUACGGAAAUCGACGGGGUGACGGCUACUGUACAAUGGGAGAAUACGCCUGUCGUUUCUCUGUCGUGGUCGGAUUCCAAGCAUGUCCUGCAUCGUGACUUGCCUGGUCGGUCGUAUGUCGCCGACUCCAGCGGUGUGGCGCACUACAGUGUCCAUGACAGGGAGGCUCUCCACGUCGGACUGGGCGAGAAGCCGGCGCCUAUGGACCUGACGAAUCGGAACUUCAUCCUCUCAGCAUCUGACACUUUCGGAUACGAUGUCUACCGUACAGAUCCUCUGUAUAAGUAUAUCCCGCUUCUGAUCAAAGCCAACAGCGACGGCGUAGUUGCAAUUUUCUCUUCCUCUCACUCAAGAGGUACAUGGAGCGUUGGCUCUGAAUUGGACGGUCUGUACGGCGCAUACAAAGUAUACCGUCAAGACUACGGCGGUUUGGAAGAAUACUUCAUCGUGGGCAAGACUCUGAAAGAUGUUGUUCGCACAUAUGCCGAACUCGCCGGAUUCCCUUUAUUACCCCCCAGAUGGGCAUACGGCUAUAUCUCUGGUGGCUACAGAUACACCAUGGUCGACAAUCAAGCACUGCUAGAUUUUGCCGCUAAGCUCAAACACCACGAAAUUCCCUGCUCAGCUCAUCAGAUGAGUUCCGGUUAUUCAUUUAGUGAUACUACGCCCAGUCUUCGGACCGUUUUCACCUGGCAUCCCAAACGGUUCCCAGAUCCGAAGAAGUGGACUUCGCAAAUGCAUGCUGCUGGGUUGAGGUUGUUGUCGAAUAUCAAGCCUUUUGUCCUCUCGUCGCAUCCAGACUUUAACAAGCUGAAAGAUGCGAAUGCUUUGUUUAUUGAUCCAGAUACAAAUCUGCCGGGUUAUAUGGAUGUAUGGAGCGCCGGCGGAGGUCAAGGUGCUGAAGGCUGCCACAUUGAUUUCACUUCUAAGUAUGGAUUCAAUUGGUGGGUUGAAGGUGUACAGAAGCUGGCCAACGCCGGUGUCGAUGGAAUGUGGAACGACAAUAAUGAAUAUACUCUCCCUAAUGACGACUGGAAAUUGAAACUGGACAACGAACAUGCCAAAGUCGAAAAGCGCGCAGAGGUACCUAACUCUGUAGGUCUCUGGGGACGGAAUAUGCACACUGAGCUCAUGGGCAAAGCCUCCCAUGACGCCCUCGUCGCCCUGAGACCGAAUCUGAGACCAUUCGUCUUGACCAGAAGUGCGACUCCCGGGACGCUACGGUAUGCCGCCAGCUCCUGGAGCGGUGACGACGUCACCAGCUGGGAGAAUCUCAAGGGCGCCAACGCACUAUCACUAAACGCAGGCUUCUCGCUCCUGCACUGCUACGGCCACGACAUUGGCGGUUUCGAAGGUCCCCAACCAUCCCCCGAACUCCUCCUCCGCUGGGUCCAAGUAGGCAUCUACUCCCCCCGAUUCGCAAUCAACUGCUUCAAAACAUCACCCGCAGACAAUCUCCUAGGCGACGUGAUUGAGCCAUGGAUGUACCCCGAAAUCACCCCCCGUAUCCGCCACACCAUCAAACGUCGCUACGAGAUAUUACCAUACAUCUACUCCCUCGCCCUCGAAAGUCAUUUGUACGCCUCCCCGCCCCAACGAUGGAUUGGAUGGGGCUACGAAUCCGAUCCGGAAGUCUGGGCUUCCAAGAAACUGAAAGAGGGAGAAGAACAAUUCUGGUUUGGGGACACUUUGCUUGUUGGUGGUGUCUACGAGCCUGGUGUGACGGUUGCAAAGGUCUAUCUUCCACGGAAAUCAGAUGGAUCGUUUGAUUAUGGAUAUGUCAAUCUCAAUGCUCCCUAUCAGCAUCUGGCUUCCGGUCAAUGGGUUGAAAUUGAAUCGAAAUGGCAGGAGAGUAUCCCAUUACUCGCUCGUAUCGGCGGCGCAAUCCCUAUUGGCAAGAGCGUUGUAACUCGUACACCAGGUGAAGAAAAAGCAGACGUAGCAGCCGCCGGUGUCGAUGAAAUCGACGACUAUCGCGGUGUUGAAAUCUUUCCUCCAAAGCGAACUUCUCACGGCCACGUCUUCUCGACUACUUGGUUAGAAGAUGAUGGGUACACACAAAAUGCCGAAGUGUCCUCGUUCACGGUCAGAUAUAGCUCUACCGCUGAGAAGGUCUCUGUGGAGUUUGAGCGCGGGAAGGAUAAUAAGUAUGUUCCUGCUUGGAAGGAUUUGGAUGUUGUUUUGCCGAUGGGUGAUGAGAGACAUGUUGUUUCUGAGAAUUUGGGAAAGCCGUUGGAGUAUGUUGGUAUUGAUGCAAGGGGAAGGAGAGUUUAUCGGUUGAAGACUGUCUGA